UUGUAAAGCGAAGCGAAGAGAGCGGAAUUGUAGAAACCCUAACUAACCGAACAGAGGAAGAAGAAGAAUAUGAAAGCAAGCUGGUUGAACAGCUGGCACCGCAUACUGACAGGUUGGUGCCAACCUAGCCCAGUAACGAAACGACAUCGUCUCUUAAUAAAUAAACGACCAGUGUUUCGGUACGCGCCAUGUCACGAACAGCAUCAUCCUCUUCCACGCGACAUGUCGAUAGUGCAACUCUCUCCAACGGCACACUCCCAAUUUUCUUCCCACCCCAAUCCUCCGACAACCUCGGACCGCGGCAUUUUAUUCCACGAAAAGGUGCGCUACCUUAAAGCCCUCAAAGUGAACCCGGAGAAGGCUUUCCACUUGAACCCCACACUCCGCUCCUCCCCUCUGGCCGCCCUGGAAUCCGUGACGCGCUGUCUCUACUCUCUCGGAGUUCCACGCGCCGCCUUGGGGCGCAUCCUCGACAUGCACCCCGUGCUCCUCACGUGCGACCCCUAUUCCCAACUCUAUCCCCUCCUCGACUUCCUCCUCCAUGAGGUCCCAAUCCCCUUCCCCGACGUGCACCUCUGCAUCCUCCGCUGCCCCAGAUUGCUCGUUUCCAGCAUCGAUGAUCAAUUGCGUCCCACGCUGUUCUUUCUCAGGGAAUUAGGGUUCUGUGGGCCACACUCCCUCACGUGCCAGACCACCCUGCUUCUCGUGUCCAGCUUGGAGGACACCCUUUUGCCCAAGAUUGAGUUUUUGAAGAGUUUGGGAUUCACCCACAUCGAGGUUUCCAACAUGGUCGUCAGGUCCCCUGGGUUAUUGACUUUAAGCGUGAAGAAGAAUUUAAUGCCCAAGCUGGAAUUUUUCUUGAAGGAGAUGAAUGGGGAUGUUGCUGAGCUCAAGAGGUUUCCUCAGUACUUUUCUUUUAGCUUGGAACGGAGGAUUAGGCCCAGAUUUGGGAUGCUUAGGCAGCUUGGCGUGUCGAUGCCGUUGGAAGAUAUGUUGAAGGUUAGUGAUGGCGAGUUUAAUGCUAGGUUGCUUGAAUUAAGGUUUAAGACUCUCGAGUUUGGAGUAGGACAAUAGUUGUAUUAGUUUGCUGUUGUUGGGAAGUUUAAACCAUUUUAGUCCAAACAUCAAGGAUUUUAGGAUCACCCACAUUUGUCUGCGAUUUUCCUCAAUUUGAGUGUGAUGAAACUGAAAUCAUGAUGGUGACCGCAAUUUAAAACCUGAAUGUUGGUUUUGCUAAAGACUAAGUAUAGUGGUUGAUACUGAUAAACAUUUGUGCAAAUCUGUUAUACUAAUGUAGAGAAAGGGGUGCUUGUGAUUCAGAGAAAAGGAGAUUUUGAUAAUGGAAAAUAAGUAUAAGAAUUUAGGUUCUUGAAUUGAGAUUUGGAGUUUAGUAAGUGGUUGUUGUUGACAAGAUUAAAAACAAUGGUCCGGUCCGCUGUCAUGAUUGCAGCUACAACAUCAAGUUUUUUUGGAUUACCAUGACUGCAUAGCACUAUUGCAGUCCCGUUUGUCUAUGAUUUACUAAUUUACUAAUAUAAAGGAUCACAACUGCUAGCUAAAACAUUAAUCGGUUGUAACUGCAGUUGCAUUUGUCUGCAAUUUCUAACCAUGUUUAGGAGAGUGAAGUUGGUUUUGCUGAACUAUAGUGACUGAUAUCCUAAGUGAAAUGUAUAGUGGUCUGUGUCGUUUAAAUAGCCGCCAAAGCUAUACUCUGAAUAUUAAGGAUCCGAUAUUGCGUCCACAGUAAUUGUUGUGGUUGCACCUCCCAUCCUGCAUCUUUCAUCUUUGGCUAGCCUCCAACCAAUUGAACUUUUAGUUAACAUUAUGCCAAUGUUCAUGUAUAUUUUCAUACAAUUUAACUUUUUAUACAUAUAUUAUGAUAUGUUGGUAUAAUAGUAUAUUUCAACUGUA